AAGCGACGCGCAUCCUGGAAGAAGAAGAAGCUUGGAGAAUGAAGCGGACUGCAAAGAAAACCGCGGAGUUGCCGAAUUUCGCGGACACUGAGCGAGACGGCGCGUUGAGCGACACGUCAGGAAGUUCGACGAGCCCAAUUGCCCGGCGGAGCCCGCAGAAACAGCAGAGCCCGGAGAGCCCGCAGAGCCCACCGUACGCACAAACCCCAAACGAGAAGACACCGGCUUCACCACGCACCCAAGCCAGGAUCAACAUCAAGGUUCAAAGCCCAGUACAAAGGGCCGAAGGGCGUAGGGCUGUAAAACGAGCACAUCGGCCAGAGCACGCAGUCCCGGAGCUUCUAAGGCCGCCGGUUCAGGCGCGGCAGGCGCGACCGACAGGACCUGGCGGAGAAGAUGGAACACCCAGCUUUGACAGCAGCGAUGAAACGUCACGGGCCGCUGGACGUGUUGGACACAGUUUCUGGUCGUUCGUGCUCAUUACGGCCUGUGUCACGCUGCUCAUACCGAUCUCCUUUCUGCUGCUGCCAUACAUCACUCGCCGCAAGGACCCUCGCUGUUCAGGUGGUUGGUGCGGCAACGGGACCUCGACUACAGUGCGCCCGCCGGACCCCAUGUCCGUCAAUCCCGUGGAGUACGAGCAGCCCAGCCGAGUGAGCCAGGAGGAGUUCUGCAGGCAAGAGGUAGAGCCUGAUGUUGGCGGCGGGUACGAUGGGAAACUGCCAACGACGCCGGUUUUUAGCAUAGGGGGAAGCAAACGAAUCGCGCUUCGUCACCUUUUGUGCCACUUCGACACACAGUACGGGAGGGCCAAGGCACCCUACCUUAUUUCGCUGCUGCCGACGCCUUUCUGCUCGUCGCUGGUGCUCAGCGGAUACGCGGUCGAUGCUCAUAACGCCCACAUCAUCUGGAGGCCCACAAGUGGCGACCGCUAUCGCCGUGAUUUCCGGACCGCCCUGCAAACGAAGCAAAUAAUGCACGACAACGUGGAAAUGAGCUUGUAUUUGACCAUCGGUGGACGACGAGAGGACAGCCGGAACUUGUCCUUGGUCGCCGAAAAUUCCGUCACGCAAGAUCGUUUCGUGAGGAACGUCAAAGGGCAGAUUAACAAGAAAAAUGAGGGCGUGCACCUCGACUGGAACUACCCGGGCGGCGGAUGUAGUGUCCGUGGUUCCGCAAGGGACUUCUUGCAGAUCAUCGAGAAGAUGCACCACGCCAACCUACCACUCGUGAUCAGCGUACCACCGGACGAGAGCCGGAUACAGUUAUACCACCUCAGUUACACGGCGACCCUCGUGCGGUUCGUGAUUGUGAAGACACACACACUCGUCAGACCCGACAUUGUCACCUGCAGCGGGGAGCGCCCGACCGCUGCCAGAAUAUUCAACAAGGUCAUCGAGCCUAUAAGCAUGACUUUGAGACCCAAGUUCGGGUACAGCAUGUCCGUGGCUCCAGAAACGUUCACCGCGGAGGAGGACAGCAUGUGGGUGCGCUCGUCCGGACCAUCGAGGUGGGAGAAUUAUACACUGCAGCUGGGGAAGACGCACAUGGCUGCAGUGUGCCAGCAGGCGCCUCGUUAUUUCGGCACCGAGGAUGAAUGCUUCUUCACGUCGCAAACCGACGACAACGUCACUUUUCGCAUUGCGACCCUGCUUACCCCCUCUGCAGUCAGGGAGCGCAUAAAAAGAUCCUACGAUGAGGGCAUGGGCAUUGCGCCUGUAAUGGCGUACGACAUCGACUUGGACGACUUUGAUGGAAGCUGCAGCAACGGCACGCAUAUGUCGCCCAUCAUUGAAGAACUGGCUGUUUCCUCCUAUUGACCACCCCAGCGAUGCUGGACCUUGGACCAGCCUGCCACGAAAUAGUCACUACUUUCUUAUCAAACAUAAGCUCUAAAUAAAUGUAUGAUC